AUGUCCGGUGUGUUACAGACUCUGGUUGACAAUGACCAACUCCGCCAUCUUGACGACGCCAACGUAACUCGCAUUGGGAAUGUGGAUGUGGUUCGUCGACCGCAAGAAGAAGACGAAGAAGUGGCGCUGUGUCACAUUGCGAUUUUGUCGCCUCUGUCUCGUGUGCGAACCAACCAAGAUGCAGAAGAUGGAACCAAGACGACACGUCGAGAAAUUGAGUUUGAAGAUGAGAUCGAGCACAUUGCCUCGGCCAUGUUGGCGAUGGAACACUGGAAUACGGGCAAUGGAAUCAUCAAUCCCGAGCUGGCAGGGAUCCACCAGAAAUGCAACAUUCGAUUUACCACGGAAAUCUUUGAUACUGAACAUUCCGAGAGUGCGGGUGUCGAAGAAGUCAUUGAUAUUGUCAGUCGGACUCCUGACUACAACCAAAACGACAGCAACAACAACGACAACAACAAGCCACUCCCCUGUGCUUUCUUUGGGUCUACGAGAUCUUCUGUUUGCAUCCCCACAGCCAUUAUUACUGGCAUCAAGGGUUACCCACAGUUCAGUCCGGAAUGCACAUCGCCUCAACUCAACGACGAAAAUCAGUUCCCACUCUUUGGAAGACUCAUCAAUAGCGAUGACGGGACAUCCCUGCCCGUCAUCAAGUGGUUACAACAACGAGCAAACGUCAAUCAUCUAGUAGUCUUGUAUCGGACCGAUACCUAUGGUAUUGGCUAUGCCAGAGCCGUACAGAACGCGGGCAAGGAAAUCGCACCGGAUAUGCGCCUGGAACUGAUCUCGAUUCCAUACAAUGGAGUCGUUGAAGAAGACUUUGACAGAGUAAUACAACAACUCAAAGACACACAGCUACGAUACAUUUUCGCAAUCAUAUCCAGAUCACUACAUUACGACACACUCAUGACAAAAGCAUACGAAGCGGGCAUUGCCGGACACGGACAACACACGUGGAUCUUUGCAGACUCACUGGGGACCAAAAUCACAUCGAGAAGCUUCCCUCCUGGAUCACCCCUCCACCUGGCCACGCAGGGAAUUGGAAUGCUCUCUCCGACGGGCGGUAAUCCCGAAAAUCCUCUCUAUGACCGUUACGCACUCGCCUUGCAAGAACUCGACAAUUCAUUCGACUUGGAGUAUAUAAAGUCCAAAUUACCAACCUAUCCGGAUGUCGACGCGGACGAGUAUCAAGCCAUCCUGGAUGACCUCUAUGUCGGAUCACCUGCCGAAACCUUUUCCCCCAUGGCCUAUGACACCAUUGUGGCGCUGGGGCUGGGGGCCUGCACGGCCAAUGAGUUGUCCGAAGGAGCCUACUUUGAUGGUCCACAGCAUUUCCAUGCGACCGUGAACCGGCAAUUCCGGGGAAUAUCAGGGAACAUUGUGCUGGAUAAAACAACGGGGUCCAGAGAUCCAGAGUCGGCAAUCUUCAACUUGCUCAACUUUGUAGUCGACACACACUACGUACCGGAUGACGAUGAUGGCGCCAACAGCAUCAGCUUCAAGGGGGUCCUUGCCGAAACAUUUGAUGAUGGGGUUUGGGUGGAACUACAGCCGUUUACAUACAAUGACGGGUCCACCAUUGCACCACCCGAUCUGCCAGAACAAGAAAUUGACUACAACUUUAUUGGGAGACCGCUCCGAGCUGUUGGGUUGUCACUGUCGGCCUUUAUUAUUUGUCUGUCGAUUGCGUUUGCGCUAUGGACACGGAUGAAACGAAAAACUCGAGUUGUACGGGCUUCACAACCAAUUUUCCUGCUGCUGAUUUGUCUCGGGACGUUGUUGACGGGCGCGGCCAUUAUUCCUUUGAGCAUUGAUGAUGAAAUCGCAUCCGUGCAAGGUUGCAAUAUUGCAUGCAUGUCAACCUGGUGGUUGAUUGGCGUGGGAUUCCCAAUCGCAUUCAGUGCCUUGUUUACAAAGACUUACAGAAUCAAUCGACUGGUCUCAGUGGGGACACGUUGCCAGCGGGUUCAAAUUGGUGCUGGGGAUGUAAUGACGCCCAUGGUGGUUUUCAUAGGAGUCAAUGCCCUUAUCCUGACCCUGUUCACAAUACUAAGUCCUCUCCAGUGGACGAGAAAGACGAUUUCUGAGGACAUGUUUGGGCGACCAAAUGAAUCUUAUGGGUAUUGUGGGUCAGAAUGGGCUCUUCCAUUUGUCAUUACGCUGGUGUGUUGCAACCUCGGUGGGCUUGUCGUUGGAGUUGUCCAGGCGUACAAGGCCCGGCACCUCAGCACAGACUUUGCUGAAAGUGAAUAUAUUGCAAUGGCAAUGGUUUUGCUGCUUGUAGUCGGCUUCAUUGCCAUACCGGUCGCCGUUAUUGCAGAAGACAACCCAGGGGCUUUCUUCUUUGUGAUAACUGCUCUCAUCUUUGUCUGUGCAGUAUCGCUCCUCCUACUCAUCUUCCUACCAAAGGUGAGGUCCGUCAGUGUGGGACCAUCGAUGCGAACGUCCAUGUCCUCGAAGCGGGACCUUCGCUUGUCCAUGCGCCAGCAACGACCCUUGAGUUCCAGUCUUUCCCUAGAACCAUCAUCUGGGAUGGCGUGUGUUGAUACAGAACAGCUUGUUCCUAGAAUUGACAGAGAGAAUAAAGCGUUACGCAACCUGACAGCUGCACUGAAGGAGAGGAUUCAGUUUUUGGAGGCAGAAAGCCACUUGAAUUCAGCAGCAUCCCCAGACCGCAGAAGUGUGCUGACAGACAGCGCCACCAAGAUGGAAUCAUUUCGGGAAGAUGGCAUCAAAGUUCACGACAAAAGACAGUCACUACAAGAUGUCCAAACAGAGAACAGAAGGCUGCGGAGUACGAGGAAGGAACUGGAAAAGCGCCUUGGUGAUUUAGAGAAAAAACACAAGUCGUAUGACACAGCCUUGCUGGAAUUACCAUAA